AUGUCCUCACGAGCGUUGCGCCGGGCGCAGCGGGAACUUGAAGAAAAGCAGAUACGGGAAAAACUUGCCCAAGAUGACCAAGACGAGGAAGAGUCGGAACCUGAGGUGGCACCCAAGACAAAGGCGAAACCCAGCUUAUUUGCUGUGCUAGGCGGUGGCGGCGAUGACGAAGAAGAUGAUGGUGAUGAAGACGACGACGACGGCGCAGAUCAAGAUGUUGAGCCUAAGGCUAGAGAUUCCGAUGGACACGUAGAGGCCGAGCCUAUGCCCGUAUCAAAACCCUCAAAGAAGAGCAAGAAGAAGAAAAAGAAGGCGAAAGCCAAGGGCAAGGCUGCAGAUAUUGACAAGACUGCUGCUCCGGCCAAGAAAAGGUCAGACCUCGACGAGAUCGAUGAGGCAUUGCUUGCUCUGAACCUGGCUAUGAGUGGUCGAACGGGGACUGAAUCAGAUCAGCAGGAUGCUAUUAGCGAAGAGAAGAAGCAGCUCUUCUCCGUGCUAAGCGUAGACACGCAACAUCUACACGCCGCCAACGAGAUGAAGAGGCUUUUUGGUCGAGCCGCUGUGCAAAGUGCCGAAGAAGAGGCGCGGCCUCGACAACGUGGUCAGCAGGGUGGCAUCGCCGCUGCAAUUGCCGGACGUAACGCUCCCGGUAACCGCAACCUUGCAUCUUUGGGACUUCGACGAAACAUCUUCAUUCAAGGCAAGGAGGAGUGGCCGCGAGCUACCUCUGGUGGUCUCGGCAUGGAGAUUGUUGAGAAGCGACCAGACGGCACAGUCGAGUACAGGUUUGUUCACAAUAGAAUGUAUCAGGAUGUCCAGCGACAGUUCCAGAUUUGCGUUGCAAGUAUGGACUCUGAGCGUAUGAUCCAACUCCUGCAUCACAAUCCCUUCCACAUUUCCACUCUGCUUCAAGUCUCCGAGAUUGCAAAGCAACAAAGAGAGGCUGCUGCUGCGUCUGACAUGUUAGAGCGCGCCCUUUUCACUUUUGGACGCUCCGUACAUUCCACUUUCUCUGCGAACCUGGCGGCCGGUAAAGCCCGUAUGGAUUUUCGCCGUCCAGAGAACCGCGAAUUUUGGCUCGCUGUAUGGCGCUAUAUAGCUACAUUGGGUGUUCGUGCAACAUGGCGCACGUCUUUCGAGUGGGCUAAAAUGCUACUUGCUAUGGACCCUGAACAUGAUCCGUACUGUCUCCGGCUCCUUGUCGACCAACUAGCCCUGAGAGGACGAGAACCGGGUGCCUUGAUUGACCUGGUCGAAUCAGACUACUUACAGCGCGAGUGGAAGGUCCCGCCAAACCUUGCCUUCAGUGUUGCGCUUGCUCACGAUCGCGUCAAACAGCCACAAAAAGCACGUUCGACGUUGCGCAACGCAAUCAAGGAAUAUCCGUGGCUAGCAGCGCGUCUGUGCAAGGAGUUGGGCAUUUCCCCAAUACCGAAACCUGUGUGGGGAAAAGAGCCAAAUGGUGAUUAUCAAGAGCUGCUAUGUCAGCUAUACGUACCUAAGGCGAAGGAUCUGUGGAACAGCACUGAAGGUACGACUUUGCUGGUGGAAAUCUGCUACUCUUUCGAAGAAGAACUGGGAGCUGGAGAAGACCCGUACUGGCUUGCGCAAAUACCAGAGACGGACCUUGCCAGACACGUCAUCCUUUCGGAUAACCAACCGCUCAUGGCUCUUCUCGACCCUCGCGUCAAGGCCAAGUACACAUCAGUCUCUGACCCACUACCUCCCGAUGACAACAUAGAGUCCUAUGAUACUUCUGUAGCUGGAGCACUCUCAGGGCGCCCCCGCGACCCUGCGGUACGGGAACAGCUACUGGCCGAACUCGAGCAGUUCCAAAUAUAUUUCCAGAGCAUAGGAAUAGAUAGGCUGGUGCAGCCAGGUCUGGACCAACAGGAUUUGGCACAGGUGCUGGAAGAAGCGAACAGCAGUAUGGAGGAGUUCGGGGAAAGAACACACCGCUUUCAGGUACUACGGACGAGGUUGGAAGAAGAAGGCGUGCAGUUGGUAUUCGACGGGCACGCUGCUGAGGCUGCAGGCGAUGGCACUGGCUCGGAGACCGACGAGUAG